AUAUUUGUCAGCUGCUUGAGACUCUGAGCUCGCACUCCAGGUCAGCAUUCGGUUCGGCGCAGACGCUCUUCGCCUCCUCUCCGUUAUUUCUUUCGGUCUGCCACCAGGACAAUAAGCAGCCAUGGAUGCCAUCAAGAAGAAGAUGCAGAUGCUGAAGCUCGACAAGGAGAACGCCUUGGACAGAGCAGAGCAGGCUGAGGGAGACAAGAAGGCAUCGGAGGACAGAACCAAGGCGCUGGAGGAUGACCUGGUCGCCUUGCAGAAGAAACUCAAAGGAACCGAGGACGAGCUGGACAAGUACUGCGAGGCCGUGAAGGAUGCUCAGGAGAAACUGGAAGUGGCCGACAAGAAAGCCGCCGAUGCUGAGGCAGACGUGGCUUCCCUGAACAGACGUAUCCAGCUGGUUGAGGAGGAGUUGGAUCGCGCUCAGGAGCGUCUGGCCACCGCUCUGCAGAAGCUGGAGGAGGCUGAGAAGGCUGCUGAUGAGAGCGAGAGAGGCAUGAAGGUGAUUGAGAACAGGGCUCUGAAGGACGAGGAGAAGAUGGAGGUGCAGGAGAUCCAGCUGAAGGAGGCCAAAAACAUCGCUGAGGACGCCGAUCGCAAAUACGAGGAGGUGGCUCGUAAGUUGGUGAUCGUUGAGGGUGAGCUGGAGCGUACAGAGGAGAGAGCUGAGCUGAACGAGGGUAAAUGUUCUGAACUGGAGGAGGAACUGAAGACAGUCACCAACCUCAUGAAGUCCCUGGAGGCCCAGGCUGAGAAGUACUCUCAGAAGGAGGACAAAUAUGAGGAAGAGAUCAAGGUUCUGACUGACAAGCUGAAGGAGGCUGAGACUCGUGCUGAGUUCUCCGAGAGAUCAGUCGCCAAGCUGGAGAAGACCGUCGAUGAUCUGGAGGAUGAGCUGUAUGCUCAGAAACUCAAGUUCAAAGCCAUCAGCGAGGAGCUCGACCACGCCCUGAAUGACAUGACCUCCAUAUAAACGAUCUCAUCCCUGGUCCCUGCUCCGGCCGAGUCGCUUCACUUCACUCUUCUGUCCUUCUACGUUUCUCCUUCCUUCCCUGUUUUCUCCCACUGCUUUCCUCCAUCCAUGGCGAUCGGUUAUUCCAUCUGCUGUACAGAACUUUUGAGUGGUUUUGCUUUCUGUAAAAUAAUAAAACUUCAUUUCAUCCGUGUAAAGCUUCCCACUCACUCAGUUUCUCUUAGUUUGUCUUAGUCUUUUCUUAUGUCUUUAAUUUAUUCUUGAGGAGCUUGAAUUAAAUCUGGAAAGGCUCUUCUCACUA